AUGGCUUCAGCCAGUAGGAAAAGAAGUUGGAAAAAUGCCAAUGUACAGGCUGGUGAUUACUGGAAAAAGAGCAAGCGAAUGGCCGCUUUGGAACCGAACCAUCCUUCUGUCAGUUCCUAUAUGUACUUUGGUGUCAAUACAAUAUUUCGCCAAGUAUGGCAGGAGAUACUGCAGACCAAUUUAACAUUCGAUAAUAUGAAAUCCAUCGCCCGAAAACAUCUCCAUUAUUUAGCUACUGCAAUCUUGCAUUGUCUACUUGCACACCGUUUAACUUUGGCCAAAGAUAUGAUUAGUGUAUUAUGCAAAAAAUUCGACACGGUUCCUGAAUUAGUGUGGAAGACAGGAAUGGAAGUCUUGGAUGAUAAUAAUCCUUAUUAUGCAAUGCGCUGUACAAGAUUUCAUAAAGCCGUUGGUGACCUUCUUCAGUACUACUUUGUAAGAUUUGGACACAACUUCGCGUUUACAUAUAAUGAUGAGGUAGAUAAUUCAGAUUCAGAUGAAACUAGGGAUUUAACCCACGAAGCUAGAAUUGCUAUCGACCAUUUAAAAGGUUUGGUCGAGACCGAAGGUGUAUGGGAUGUGCAUAUUGCGAUCUGCGCGGAGCUUUUAGCAUACUUUAAUGACAAAAAAUCUGCUAAGAAGUUACUAAAGAAAUAUCUUCAAUGUCAACCAACUAAUACUAAUGCCUACAGAUAUUUGUAUUACUUUCGAAAACGAUAUUACCCCAAAGAAGUCGUUAAAAUUAGAAAAGUUCUCGCCGAAUUAGCUAAAUUUAACCCCUGCGAUAUCAUGUGCUUGGAUAUUAUCAAUUAUUCUAAUUUUAAAGUUAAAUCAAGCAUCAAGGAAACAUUAUCAAUCCUAUUCGAUCAUCUGGAUUACCAUUCGUGCGCGUUGAAUAUUCAGCCUUGGAAGCUGUUAACUACAUUUCUCACUAAAGUUGAUCUCAGGUGUGAUGAAUGUUUGAAUUUAAUCUGGGAGGAAAGAAAGCUGUGGUGGCCAGAGUAUCAUUUUUCUGAAGAUAGCUUGGACAAGAUUGCUACACCGAGUAAAGAUCCGGCGAAAGAGGAGACAAACUUUCAUGUUAUUGCUUAUAAAGCUGCCGUUGCCAUCUGGAUUCUUGGGUCAGAUAAUAAAUAUACUGCUCGCGUCUAUUCAAUUAUGAAAUUACGGAACCUUAAAGAACUAUCUUGCAUGCUAGAAAAGUGUUUAGUAUUGCACAGGGAGGAUAACUAA